AUGCACAAAGAUUGGGCUUCUUUUGGCAACGGUCGCGUUUAUACAGACGAGGUCAAGCUUGGUAAUGUUAAGGUCAAGGACGUGGUUGUUUAUCACCAACGCAAGAGCGACAACACUGGCUACGGCGACCACAUACACGGCAUCUUGGGCGUCAUGCCUCGUGACACUUCAUUGGCCUCGGACCAUCCCACGAUUGUCGACGCAGCUAUGGACCAACAUUCAUUCAAGAAGAAUAUAUGGCAGGUGACAUUCCGUGAUGAUGGCGAGUCCUCGCUGAACAUUGGAAAGAUUGACAAGUCCGAGUAUGAAGGCGAGCUUGGAUGGGUGAGCUUGGACGACGGUCAAGACGAAUGGCGUCUGGAAAUCGACAUUAACGGGUACAAGGCGUUUGGUGUUUUGGAUACUGGAGGCACCCAUCGCAUGGGAGCGAGCGUCGAUCGUGUAAAGGCACUCUUUGACAGGCUGCCCAUCAGGUUAACUGAAGUUGGUGCCAAUGACAGCCAUAUCGAGGGAUGGUUCGACUGCGAUAAUCUUCCGGACAUUACAUUCACAGUCGGUGGUCGUCAACUCAAGUACCCAAAGCGAUUCAUGACGGAGAAGAGGCCCGGCGAUGAUUCAAAAUGCAAAUUCCAAGUCUGGGGAGCAGAUGAUAUGACUGAAUGGAACUUUGGUAAUUCGAUUUUCCGUAUGGCUUCGGUUGUAUUUGACAUGGACAAUCGACGCGUCGGUUUUGCGCCACAGAGGAAAAAGUAG